ACACGCAGCAAUUGUGAUGCGAAUCUCGUGAACUCAUUCGAUUGACAGCCGAGCACUCAUACGCAAGACUUUCCAUUCCUUCACCCAAGGCGGUGGUGGCUGCGUGCGCAUGCGUAUCCAAUCAGACGAACUCUUCUUCUACUCGUGAGCAUGCGCAGAAGCAGUAGGCUGCAAGAACGAGCGCGCUUGCAAGGCGCUGCCGCCCAGCAGGGCGUGCGGACUGGCAGCAAUGCUUGCGAAAGUGCGGUACAAAGAAGAAGCGAAGUCGACGAAGAGAAGGUCGAGGCAAGGGAAGCGAGAAAGGCUCGAGAUGCUCGCAACGAGCUGCGCACACCUACCCGCAAGCGACGAGACAUUGAGCAGGUGUCGCCGUACUUUGAGCGCAAGGGCAAGCCCGCCGCUGCUGAGACCAAGCAGCAAAAAGGCUCUUCACACACGAGCAAGAGACGCAGAGUGAAGGUGCCGCUCAGUCAUGACAGAGAAAUUGCCGUCUUGAACGGAGCGAAUCCAGACGUUGAUAAAGACGAGUCAUCGCGUGAGACCAGCCGGGGCAAGGAGCGUGCUCGGCCAAAGAGAAAUGAUCUGCAAUCGCACGGGACAAAAGCAACGCCCCAUGAAGACAAGCCGCACCGCAUACACGGCAUUUCUAGAAGCGAGUCGUUCUUUGGCAUGAUUCAGGAAAUCGUCAAGGAUGAUUCGUGGAUGGUCUUGAUCGCCACCAUGCUGCUCAACCAAACCCACGGCUCUAAAGCUGUUCCAGUCUUUUGGAAGCUCUUGCAUCAAUUUCCCACACCAGAAGCUCUGGCAAAGGCUGACCUGCGCGAGCUGACUGAUAUGAUACAGCCGAUAGGCCUGCACAACAUUCGAGCUGCUCGCCUCAAGUCCUUCAGCCAAGCUUGGCUAGAUCUGCCACCGUGGCGCGCCGAAUCGAGCAGAUGCAGAGAUCCAAAAGCUCGUGAUCGCAGACUGCCCGGGACCAGUGCAUACCCUCUCACUCCCGUUGCUCAUCUACCAGGAGCAGGCAGGUACGCCGUCGAUUCGUGGGCCAUCUUUUGUCAUGCUGGAGGCGCGUCACAAGGCUUGGCAGAUCCGGACGAAGCAGCACGCAGCUCCAAAGAACUUGCAGAGGUGUUGCGAAGGAGACGAGAAGUGACGAGAGGCGAAUGUGGCGCGAGCAGCGGAUCUAUAGCGCGGCAGAAAGAGCAUGGACUUCAACCAUCGCAAGUAGAGACGCCACUCUGGAGAAGCAUGAUACCCUUGGAUAAAGAGCUGCGGAAUUAUUUGAAGUGGAGGUGGGCCAAAGAAGGCGCGCAAUUUCAUUUUGAGCGCGGCGUGAUAGGACAGCUCGAGGAAGAGGAGUUGGCGCUGCCCCAGUAACCGCAUGCACUCCUGCCAUGAUUCGUAUCAUUUGCUAUCGGAGAGGAGCUCUCUGGCUCUAGCGUCGAAUGUGGUGAGAUCGUGCUCUGCGAAACGUGGUUUGUAUCCUUGAGCAGGCAGGCGCUGGGGUGCCAAGGUGUCUACUGGACGAGGUAGAGGCACCUCUUCUCCGACAAUAUGCGUGUAGUCCGCCAUCACCCGUGGUAGGUUCCACGGCUUCAGGGAGGGAUAGUGCGUCGAGAUGGCUUCCAUCAGCGUCUAUUGGAGGAUGGAGGGUCAAUCCACAUUGUCAGCAUUUCUAUUUCAGUUCGUGCCAGUAUCUCACCAGCCACGUCACGCUCACUUGGAAGAU